GUGAGAGAGAGAGGAGAGAGAGAGAGAGAGAGAGAGACAGAGAGAGAGAGAGAGACAGAGAGAUAGAGAGAGAGAGAGAGAGAGAGAGAGAUGUCUGAAGGAGGGACUUAGAGAAGUGAGGAGUUCCUGGUUCAGCCUUAAGAACAGAAGAGAAGCAGCGUUUCAGACCAUCAGAGCCUGAAAACAUGAACGUCCAUCACACUUUGAUCUGCUGCUUCCUCCUCACACUGCAGGACGGAAACUCUGGUCUCUUCGAUGCAGAAAUCCUCGAACGGACAGGAACUGAAGGAGGAAACAUCACAGUCGGCUGCAGCUUCACUUUCUCUGGGAAGACGAAGAUCUUCUGUAAGAACAAAUGUAAAGAUGAUGAAGACAUUCUCAUUGAAACAGAUGAUGUCACAGCUCACAGUGGCAGAUACAGCAUAGAAUAUACAAGAGGAGCUUUUCUAUCUUCUCCAGUUCUCUAUGUGAGCAUCACAAAUCUGACUAAGUCUGACACAGGAUGGUACAGAUGUGGUUUGGACAGAUCUUUGACAUUCUUCUCAUCGUACCAGGAGAUCGAUAUCAGAGUUAAAGAUGCUCCAACUACUUCAGAACCAAAGUCGACUCUCAAACCUUUUUCAACAUCUGUCCCAUCAGCCUCAACACCUUCAUCAGCCUCCCCACCUUCAUCAUCCUCCACACCUUCAUCAUCCUCCACACCUUCAUCAUCCUCCACACCGACAGCACCGACAGCACCAGCUGCAGGUGCAGGUCCAGGUGUGCUGCUGUAUGUGGGUCUGACUCUGGUCGUCAUGAUCAUCGUAUUAUCAGGAGCUGUGCUGAUAUUCUGCAGGAAGAGGACCAGUAGGACCAAACCUGAAGAACCUCCUGAGGAAACUGAGUACGUUCACGUCAUAGAGGCCAACCGAGUGUACGAGGAGAUCAGAGAGGAGGACCGACGGAGCAAAUACAACAAACCCAACGGAGUUGAGACCACAGAGGAAUACAGCCUUGUAACUGCAGCCAGUUCUCAGAGGAAGACUGAAGACGCCUCCGGUCAACUCACCUACUCUGAGGUGGAUUUCUCUGGCGGUACAGCCGCCUCGCUCCACGGCGCCCCCUGUGGUGACGUAGAUAACGUGGUCUACUCCGUUCCUCGGGUAGAGGUGAGCUCGGACGCUUCCCCUCCUCUGUACUCUACCGUUACUUCUCAUCAGCUGUAGCUCCACGUCUCCUCUCAGAGGCUCUCCAACACAGAGAGGUCUGGAUGAGGAUUCAUCACCUCAGAGAACUCAGGUUAUUUUGAUAACUGUUACCUUUAAAGGAAUCAGUGAGAUUAUCAGUAAACUAUAGAAGCUAACAUUUAAACAAUGACAUGUUUCUACAAGCUCUUUGUGUUCUGCACACAUUUAUAUAUAUUUAGUUAUUGCACUUAGAUGAUAUUAGUUAGAUAUUGUGUUUAUUUUUAGGUGAUGAAUCUAGUCAUCAUGACAACAACGGCCUUUAAAAUGUUAAAUUUUUUAUCUUUUUGAUUCCAAAUGCUCAAUGCUUAUUUACAUUAUACUGUAUAGUUGGAGUCGUUGAAAAUAAACUUGACAUGACUUGAAUAUCGGAUGUUUUCUGGCAGUAAUCAGCAU